AGGGUAUACAACAUUCUUUGAAAAUUACGUAAUAGGAUGCGUUUCCGACCAUAUAAAGUAUAUAUUCCAGAUCACGAUCAAUAGCCGAGUCCAUCAGUAUAAACUAGAGAGUUCAGAUUAGACAGGAAGAUUCCAUCGGCAUGAUGGAGCGCAAGUUUGUUUUUAAAUGUUGCUACGCUCACUCUAACGGUUACAAACCGAUUCAACCUGCCACGCCCACACUUUUAAAAAAUGUUUAAGUUUUUUAUAUUAUUAUUAUUAUUUUUUACAAAGUUGUUACCUUUUCCUUUCAGCUAUGGUCAAUAAAUUAACGAAUUUUUGGACUGCCGCAUAAACAGGGGAUAAUUUUCUUUAACACUUUCAAAAGAUCACGAUACCUCAUAGCAUAAACGUUGUAAUAGUCGCGGUACUCGACUAUAGCGUUGCUGUUUUUUUUUUUUUGUAAUAUGCCAUUUUAUUCUAUGCUAAGGUGCUAACAACUUCCCUAAUCUCAUUAUCAUGCUCUUCCAUUUUUUUCUUUUUUGUCAUAGCGUAGAUUUUCCAUAAUCUAAGCAGCACUUUUAUAGACAUUUUCCCUGCUUUUCCCAGCUCACUCCUUGAUAAAUACACUCACGUAGCCGGUUGGUGAAACGUCAAAGUCAAUAAGCACAACAAUUUCGAAGGCAGUAGGUUUUUUCGCUUCCUUUACCGAGCCAUUACAACAUACAAUCAGGCGGAUCAGACAGACGACGACAUCGAAAUCGAAACGUGGCUACAACAGCCAGCCAUGUUAAUUCAACUGGUCUUCCUGGGCAUCCUAUUGUGGGCGUCCUUCUUUUGGCUGCAGUGCCGCUACCUGGAUGUCCUGGAACUGCUCUUCGCCUGGACAGGCAAUCAAUUGGCGGAAACUCGAAGGAGGCGAGCUCGCGAAGAACGGUGCCGCCUGGGCCAAAAAUGGGCGGUCGGAAAUAAGGGCGAUGGCAUGGAUAAGCUGCUCUCGCCGCCGAUCAAGAAUCGGCUCAAUAUCCGCGUGGAGCAGUGCUGCGACUUCAUAACCGCCGGCUUGGGCUUGGUGCUCGAGGACGAAGUGACCCAGAGGUUUGUGGCCCCACCUUCGCCAGCUGGGGAAUGGAAUCUGCUGACCCGCAACCUUCGUCAGAGGAAUCGAUACCUCAACUGGCGUUUAAGGACGGCCUGGCUGCUGGGAUGGGUUACACGCUACGGACUGCUGUUGCCCGUCAGGACCAUUGCCUGCUGGUUGUGCCUGUUCAUGAUCAGUGGAGUCUCAAUGCUGCUAGGUCACAUUCCCGACUGGUGCUUCAAGAAGAAGCUGGUGGAGCUGGUAUUGCGGCAGUGCUUCCGAAUCACGGCCGCCUGCCUGCCGAUGAUCCGGAGAUUCCACAACACGGAGUACCGGCCCACCAAGGGCAUCUGUGUGUGCAAUCACACGAGCCCCUUAGACGUCCUGGUGCUGAUGUGCGAUGCCAACUACUCGCUGACGGGGCAGGUCCACACCGGCAUCCUGGGCGUCCUGCAGCGCGCCCUGUCCAGGGUCUCCCACCACAUGUGGUUCGACCGCAAGGAACUGGCCGAUCGUGAGGCUCUGGGGCUGGUGCUCCGCCUACACUGCUCCAUGAAGGACCGGCCGCCGGUCCUGCUCUUCCCCGAGGGCACUUGCAUCAACAACACCGCCGUAAUGCAGUUCAAGAAGGGUAGCUUCGCGGUCAGCGACAUCGUUUAUCCAGUGGCCAUUCGAUACGAUCGCCGAUUCGGGGAGGCCUACUGGGACAGCACCCGAUACUCUAUGCUCAGAUACAUGCUGAUGGUGGUCAGUUCGUGGUGCAUUUGCUGCGAUGUCUGGUACAUGCCGGCACUCAGCCGAUGCAACGACGAGUCCCCAGUGGAGUUUUCGAAUCGAGUGAAGGCCGCAAUCGCCGCCCAGGCGAAUAUCGAUGAUCUGCCCUGGGACGGAAACCUGAAGCGCUGGAGUCCCGUCAGGGACUGGCAGUAAUUCAAGCAUAGCUUAAGUUCUUACCUUGGCUAUUUUAUGUCGCCCUUUAUGAGCCGUUGUAUGAGCCUUUUGAUACUAGUAAAUCGAACGAUAUAUUUUAGAGAGCAAAAUAAGAUAAAUUCACUUUUGAGCAGCUAAUCUCGAUGACCAAAAGGGAAGACCCCUUGCAUUCUGUUGGCUAUUCCAAUAUAUACCAAUUAUUAUAUGCUUUUCUAUCUCUUGAUAGCCGGACA